UCUUCCUUCAGAUGUGGCGGCGGGCGGAACCUAAAGCGCGAGGUUGCGGCGACGGUGGGGUGCGUGUUCGCGCAGCACCCCCGCCUGGGUGACCCGCUGGCCGCUUCCGGCGAGAGAGGAUGUGGCCGCCGUGCGGAGUGCUCCGGGCCCGGGCCUUGGUAGGGUCGAGGGGAGUUCGGGCCUACAGCGGAGAUGGAGGCGUCUCCUACACGCAGGGUCAGAGCCCCGAGCCCCGGACCCGCGAGUACUUCUACUACGUGGAUCACCAGGGCCAGCUUUUCCUGGAUGAUUCCAAAAUGAAGAAUUUCAUCACCUGCUUCAAAGACCCGCAGUUCCUGGUCACUUUCUUCUCCCGCCUGAGACCCAACCGCAGUGGGCGCUACGAGGCCUCCUUCCCUUUCCUCUCGCUGUGCGGAAGAGAGCGCAACUUCCUGCGCUGUGAGGACCAGCCCGUGGUCUUCACGCACCUGCUGGCCGCGGACCACGGGUCCCCGCGCCUCUCCUACUGUGGCGGCGGCGAGGCCCUGACCGUGCCCUUCGAGCCGGCGCGCCUGCUGCCCCUGGCGGCCAACGGGCGCCUGUACCACCCGGCUCCGGAGCGUGCGGGCGGCGUUGGCCUGGUACGCUCAGCUCUCGCGUUCGAGCUCAGCUCCUGCUUCGAGUACGAGCCGGGCGCCCCAGCGCUGCCCUCCUACGUGCGCUGGCAAGGCCGCCGCUUCGCCCUCACGAUGGACCUGGCCCCGUUGCUGCUCGCGACACCACAGCCCUGACCUUCUGGCGGGCGCCCGGGCGGGAGCGCAGAGCGACCCUUAGUGCCCCGGCCACCCGGCGGCCCCGGCGCUCUAGGUCCACCCGGCACGGGCCACCCCGGCCGGCCUGGUGCGCGUGCGCGCCGAAGCCCCGCCCGGCUGGCGCUGUCCGAGGUGCUAGCACGGCCCGGCCCCGGCCCCUGGGUCCCAGCCGCGGGUCCUCUCCGCACCCCUCGCCCCUCACACUGCGCGGGGUGUCCUCGGGAUUGGCCCGCGCUGGCGACGUCAGGCCCGAGCCGCGGGCGCAGGCUGCGCGAAGCUCCGGUGCGCGUGCGCGUCUGCUCUCUGCACAGCUGCUGCUCGGGCCUGGCUGCCACGGGCCCAGCGGGGAGCCGCUCGCCGCCUGGGCCAUCAGGUGAGAGGGCGCGCGGCCCAAGGUCAUCGGCCUGGGGCACGGGUGGGGGUGCCCCCCGCAAGAUCUUGGCGCACCCUGAGAAGAGGCAGACCUGGUGGAGGGGAGGGGGCUUGGAGACCAUACCCCUCCCCUUCCCCCGCCCCCCUCCCCCCCGUGAACCUACCCGGGACCCAGCGGCACCUGAGGGGCUGUCAGGGGUGGUGUGUGGGACCUUGGCACCAAGUUGUAGGGGCUGCUGGGAGACUUGGCUGGAACCUUGCGCUGUGCCCGAAGAACAACACAGGCCUCCCACAUGCACAGAUGGGCACCCAUGAGACCAAACCUCCCCCUCCCUGCUCCUGCCCAGCAGGACCCCGGGGUUAUUUACUCCUGAAAGGAUUUCUGCGCUCUUCAUGCCUGGGUCCCUCACUCCCUUUCCCAACCGCUGAUGUGCACCUGAGGGUCCCUGUGAGCAACAGCCCUGAAGAGGAAAAUAUUUGCUUUUGUAGUUUGGGUGGGUGAGCAAGGCCUGGAGCCGGGGGCCGGCUCAUCCUGCUCAGGUAAAUUAACUCCAGGGGCCCAGAGAAUGCCCCUGUCUUUUGGGAGCUCACAUACAUUGAGGCACCUGGGAAAUGCCUCAGCCUUGGCCAAAGCUAUUCUAUUAAAACUUUAUUGCUGUAUUA